CUGAGAGAAUAUAGUGAUGACAUCUCCUUCAGUCAGAUCAGGAUGGAGGCCACCCACAAAGACGUAUGCUGAGUCUAUCGCACGGGAAGUUGUGAGUUACAGCGACAGACAGUCGUAGGCCGCAUGCAUACCCUUGUAGUCAUCAUGCCAUGAACCAGUCGCGCCAAGCUCGAGUUCGCGCUCGUUGAUCUUGUUGAUUUCGCGCACAAUGCUGCAGGCGUCGUUCAGCCAUCGCGUCCUCGCGAGCCUUCAGACAACUCACUUCAUGGCUUCAAGAUGCUCUGAGAGAGUGCAGACCGUGGAAUAAUGGGCGUAAAGGAGGGAGUGUGAUUGACCGUAUACCAGCACGUGCACGACGCGAUCGAAGCAUGGCAAAUUUUGGCGCGCUCAACGUCGAGCAAGUCGCCUUCCGCUCGUCUCAUACGUUGACCAGACACCAUGUCCUCAUUUUCGCUACCUACUAUCAACGACAAUCCUGACGGCGGCUGGGGACCGUCCUCGUCCAACUUGCCCGCACAGUUCAAGUUCAGGGACAUUCCUUACGCCCCGUACUCAAAAUCCGACAAGCUCGGUCGUUUUGCUGACUGGAACGAUCUCGCAGGCGACGGCCGCCAGAACGUAGGCGUCCCGUCCGCUCAGGGCCCUUCUCGUGGUGGAGGGCCCGGACGAGGGAGGCGCGAUGGCCAGCCGGCGUUUGGCAGUGGGACUGCCAGUGCUUUCGCUUACUUCCACGCCGAAGAUGAGUCGAGCUUCUCACUCGUGGAUAACAAGGCUGGUGCAGCACGCAGAGGCGGUGCCCUCGGCAGAGGUCGGGCGACUGGGAGGGGAGGUUCUUUCCAGCGGGGGGGCUUCCAAAGAGGGCGUGGUGGGUUCAUGGGAGGGCGUGGGGGUGGAGGCGGCCAACGCGGCGGACGAAGGGGCUGGAGAGACUGGGAGAAGAACAACCGUACUCGCGAGUCCUCCGUCGCCAUCUCGCCUAACUGGUCAAUGCUCGAAGAGAUCGAGUUCCACCGACUCGCCAAACUGCGACUAGAAGUCGACGAGCCUGAGGAUUUGGAUUCAUAUGGACGUUUGUUCCCAUAUGACAAGACCUACGAUCGUAUUACGACGAAGUCCGAGAAACCGCUUCAAUUGGUGGACCGCAUCAAAUAUAACACUACUACAUCUGACGAUCCCGUUAUCCAAGAGUUGGCAUCAAAAGAUACUGCGACUGUGUACACCACGGAUGUCAUUCUCAGUGUUCUCAUGUGCGCACCACGCUCCGUCUACCCAUGGGAUAUUGUUAUCCUGCGCGAGGGCAACAAGCUCUUCUUUGACAAGCGUGACGGCGGACCAUUUGAUACCGUCACCGUUAACGAGAAUGCGGCGGAUCCCCCACAAGACCCAUCCACUGUUAACCCGAACAACCCGAAUGAGAAGAUUGUCGUUCCGGAGACGCCUUCCAUCAACUCGGCGACGUCCCUAUCCCUCGAAGCCACCUACAUUAACCAGAACUUCGGCUUCCAAUCCGUGAUCGAGACCCCUCCUCCGCCGCCUGUAGACUUCCCUAAGCCGAACCCAUUUUACGGCCCUGACGAGACGGAGCCUCUCGCGUCUUGCGGAUACCGCUACCGUGUGUUCGACCUAGGCGUGACAGAGGACGAGGAUGUCAAGCUCUGUGUGCGAACUGAGGUCGAUGCCUAUUUGCCAGGUCAAGGUAGCCCCCUCGCCGGCCAGGGGCUCGUCACCAUUCGUGCGCUGAAUGAGUUCGACCCUCGCGCGCAGGGUGCUGGUGGCGCACCGGACUGGCGCUUGAAGCUCGACUCGCAGCGUGGAGCAGUCGUCGCCACAGAGAUGAAGAAUAAUAGCUGCAAGCUCGCCAAGUGGACCGUGCAGAGUGUCAUCGCCGGCGCAGACUUGCUGAAGAUUGGGUUCAUCUCUCGCGUGAAUCCCCGCGAUAAUACCCGACAUGUUAUUCUUAGCACGACCUCGACUCGUCCCAUGGAUUUCGCUGGUCAGCUGAAUGUGUCUCUCGCAAAUGGCUGGGGUAUAGUCCGCACUGUCACAGACAUGUGCAUGAAGCAGCCCGAGGGCAAAUAUGUCCUUGUGAAGGACCCGAAUAGGGUAAGUUUCAUUCCGCAUGAUCAUCUGUCCGUGAGGUGUUGUGAGGUGUAUAUGAGCUGUUACCCGUUUCAUCGACGGAAAACGGAACCACAAGCUGGUUAACAUCUCUGCUCGGAGAUUCAGUUGGUUCUCCGUCGACGCUUCACUCCGCCUACUCAGCGUCCCAGGUCGUAAGCUAGACCGGUCGGCGAGGAUCCUGCGACGGGCGAGAGUCGUUCGGGUACCUCACACCCUGUCCAUUUAGUUGGUGCAUACCGGCUAGAGCGGGGACAGCCUCCUGUUCACAUGCUGUUUUGCAUUCG